AUGGCCGACUCAAGAGCCCAGGUGCUGCGCGACUUCGCAAUUCUCACCAUAAUCAAUGUCUUUGGGCUGUUUUACUUUUACCUUUCUGUGAUUCAUUUCUUGGUCUUCCAUUUCCCCUCAUCCCCAGGGGGGAUUUUAGAUUCACUGUCGGUGCUGGCCUUUUGCGCUGGUGUCAUCCUCGUUUGGAGCUACUUUAGUCUUGAUUUGGGCGACCACGAUUCCUUCGGUAACUUUGCUUUCCGCACCAAGCCCUACUUCCAGCUCGGAUAUUUAUCUGUCUUUACUGUCGUUGCUGUCGGGAUUUUGGUGGAUUUUGUGAACUGGGAACCUAGUAUCUGUGCAGCGCGGUACAGAUUUCCGUACAGCUGUGUCUCACUGGGCCUACUUUCGCUGACGCUGAUACCAACCAUUCAUGCCCUGGCUGGGACGUUCCAAAGUCCGCCUGCAUCGGCGGUACACUUUGGCAGAAUUGCCAUCUGGAAUCCUUUUGGCGCUGUGUUUUAUCUGCUUCGUCCGUUAGAAAGGUUUGGCGUGGUGACCGGGUGGCGGCCUAGUCUUUAUGUGGUGCAACUUGUCCUGGCCUACAGCGCCGUCACUUAUUCGAGGAUUAUUUUACGUGUGGUGCUUCAAAGCGCAUCUUAG